AGCGGCCGCUGAGCGUCUGGGAAGGUUGGGGGGAGGGGGAUAGGCGCGUUUGGCGCAAAGCCUGCCGGGGCAUGGAGUCCUGGUGAGCUCUGUGCGCAUGCGCGAGGUGGCGAGGGGGCUUGGGGGGCCUCGCCCGAGAGAGUGAGGUCAGGGCCGGAGCUGCCAUGCCCUGGGCCCCACCCCGAGGACCUCACUUCACCUCCACGUCCUCCUCAAAGCCCCGGCCCCGCGUACAGUCACGUUGGGGGUCCGAGCGUCCACACGAGCCCCUGGGGUGGAGGGGGACACGUCUGUGUCCACCCUGGCGCUGUGACCCCACUGCCGGCCCCAUGGAGGCGCCAGGCCCGGGCCCCGUGAAGCAGGAGCGAGGUGCCGCCGAGGGUCUGACCGCCGACUCGCCGUGGCACCGCUUCCGCCACUUCCACCUGGGCGACGCCCCGGGGCCCCGCGAGGCUCUGGGGCUGCUGCGCGCGCUCUGCCGGGCCUGGCUGCGGCCCGAGGUGCGCACCAAAGAGCAGAUGCUGGAGCUGCUGGUGCUCGAGCAGUUCCUGAGCGCGCUGCCCGCCGAGGUGCAGGCCUGGGUGUGCAGCCGCCGGCCGCAGAGCGGCGAGGAGGCCGUGGCGCUGCUGGAGGAGCUGUGGGGACCAGCGACGAGGGCGCCUGAGGAUGCAACCGGAGGCUCCGGGGUCGGCGCAGUAGAGGAAGCUGGUGAGGCGACGCCCUCAGGAGAUGCGGCCCCUGGGGCUGAGGAACCGGCGACGGCGGACACCCAGGCCGCGCGCCCCUACAAGCAGGAGCCGGGCAGCCCCCCGCCGGCACCGCCAGCCCCGCCGGCGCCCGGCCCGCCCGCCUUCCUGGCGGCCCCGGGCACCGCGUCCUGCCCCGAGUGCGGCAAGUCCUCGCUGAAGCCAGCGCACCUGCUGCGCCACCGGCAGAGCCACUCGGGCGAGAAGCCGCACGCCUGCCCCGAGUGCGGCAAGGCCUUCCGGCGCAAGGAGCACCUGCGGCGCCACCGCGGCACGCACCCCGGCGGCCCGGGCCCGGCCCUGCGCCCGCUGCCCGCGCGCGAGAAGCCGCACGCCUGCUGCGAGUGCGGCAAGACCUUCUACUGGCGCGAGCACCUGGUACGCCACCGCAAGACGCACUCGGGCGCGCGGCCCUUCGCCUGCUGGCAGUGCGGCAAGGGCUUCGGGCGCCGCGAGCACGUGCUCCGCCACCAGCGCACCCACGGGCGCGCGGCCGGCGCGGGCGGCGCCGCCCCGGGCCCCGCGGGCGCCGCGCCCUUCCCGCCCUGGCCGCUGGGGUAGCGCCGGCGCGCGCCGCAUCCGCACUCCGGUGCCCGAGCCCUGUCGCGUGAUGCCCCGAACCUCACUCUCCGGGUCAGCCCGAGCCCCGCCCUCGUGGCCCUCCCCACCCCCAUCCUCCCGGGCCCGGAACCCAGACAAGGAGCUGGGCAGGGGCAGGGCUCUGGGCUGGAGAAGGCCGGAGGGGGGGGACCGGGUCUUGUCUCGCCUGGGGAGACGGCCCCCUGCCCCUCCCAGGACGGAUGGAUUGCGCCACGGCUCCAACAGGACGGGCCGUGUUCUGGCAGGGGGAUCCGAGGUCUGCCUCCUUGUGCUGGGACUGGCCCAUCAGGCAGGCCCGAGGUGGACAAACGCCUGCUCCUGGGACGCGCGCCAGAGACGGCCGCUGACCAGCAUCUGGAGAGUGUUGUUAAUAAAGCCGCUGACGAGUUGUGCAGA